AAAAAAUCUUCAAACAAAAAAGAAGAGAGUCCAGUUGGAGGCCUGGCUGCAGUGGUCCUAAGAUAAGCAGGUAAGACAUCCCCUGAAAAUAAGACCUAGUGCUUAUUUUGGAGACCAAAAGAAAAUAAAACUGGGCCUCACUUUCAGGGAAAUAUGGUAUCUGCUAAUUAAAAAAUGAAAUCCAGGAUCGCAAUGGUCAAGCACCAAUAACCAUAUGAAGACCAAGGCCACUUCUCUUUAUGAUUGAUUUAAAGGGCCAUCCAUCUCUGUAUGUGUUAGCCCAAGCCACUGGAAAUAUAAAUUCAACAGAGUGAAAAUUGAAGUGGAAGUUCUACAACAGAAAAAAAGGUGCGAGUGGAAGUGGCCUUUGGGGUGGCAGAGAGCUGUCCCACACAUCAAAGUAAGGGAUAAGGAUUAUUUUCUCGGGGAGAAGCUCCGUGCCAGACGCUUCAAUUUGGGGACGGGGAAUGAAGAGAAAUCCUACAAUGACGAAAUCAGGGAAACUUCUUCAUAACGUUAACGCAGCGAGAGGAAACCCUGGCCUGCAACUAAGCUAGGAAGCGAACUGCUGCCUGUACAGUGAUCCAACGAAAGUAACGAUUCCGAGGAGUUGGCCAUUGGUUGCUGAGAGGGAAGUGGGCGGGACCGCUCCGGCUGAGAGUUGAAGCCAAAGGGAAGGAAAAGUGGGAACUGUUGCCGCCGCUGUUUCUGGCGCACUCCCUCUUCGCUCCCACGCGCGCAUUCGCUUCAUCUCGCGACCGCCUCGCCUCCACCCCCUCCCCGCCGCUCCCUUUUCUGGCGGCCAACCUCGCUUGCGCUUCCUAAAUGAAAAUCUUCAUCCGUCGCCGCAGCAGCGCCGUGCAACUUCGCUCCCCCCCUCGGGCAUUCCUCUAAGCCCAUGCCAUGCUGCUGCCCUUUCUCCCGGCGCUGUUGGCCGUUUUCGCUCCAUCCUUUUCCUGCCGAGGCUGGUCGCCCUCGGCUUCUUCAGAGUCCAGACGAAAGGAACCGACCAGACUCACCUUGCCGCCUCUCAAUUCCUCUUCCUCUCCCAAGUCCUUUGUACACUGGGGCGCGUUUCCAACCGAUUUUGAGGAAGGGCAAGAAGAGUCCACUAAGGCGGCGGCUGUAGCUACUCCUUCACCUGAGCCACUCCGCUCCGCGACCCAGCAGGAGCAGCAGCUCCGGGAGGAGCAGGCGUGCAACAUCAGCGUGCAGAGACAGAUGCUGAGCUCAUUGCUGGUGCGCUGGAGCCCGCUGAGCUUCCAGUGUGACCUCGUGCUCUUCUCCACGAGCGGCCCCGGCGGACGCGCCUUUUUCUCGGCCGCCUUUCACCGAGUCGGGCCGCCGCUGCUCAUCGAACAUGUUGCGCUGGCAGCUGGUGGCGUACAGCAGGACCUCCGCUUAUGCGUGGGCUGCAGCUGGGCGCGAGGUAGGCGCGUCGGCCGCCUUCGCCCGGCCGCCUCCAACCCAGCCGCGUCGGCUCCUCCUUCGGCUGCCCUCUACUCCUGGUCCACUCCGGACCACGGACAGCCUUGGCAGCAAGGGGAGCGACUCCACUUCUGCUGUCUGGAUUUCAGCUUGGAGGAUCUCAAGGGAGAUCCCGGCUGGAGGAUGAACCGCAAGCCCAUCGAGUCCACCCUGGUGGCCUGUUUCAUGACUCUGGUCAUCAUCGUCUGGAGCGUGGCUGCCCUCAUCUGGCCGGUGCCCAUCAUCGCCGGCUUUUUGCCCAACGGCAUGGAGCAGAGGAGGAGUGCCCCCACCUCGACAACAGCUGCAGUGAAAUGACCGCCUUCCUCCCAUCUCUGGUCCGAUGUCAUCCCAGUUGUAUCGUUGGGCUCUGGAUUGGGAAUCUUGCUAUAAGUUGAUUAUUUUUUGUAAUGUUAAAAGGAAUCUAUUUUGUAAAUUAGUAUAUUAAAGCCAACUUCUUGCUGUUGGCUGUAGAAGGCUGGAGUUAGAUAGAAAUCUUCAAACUGGAUUGAUUUCUUGCCAGUAAUUCUUUUAAAAAACAAUCUAUACCUGCUUCUAGUUAAUUUAAUAAAAGACUUUAUAGGUAUAUCUAUACUGUGCUCAAACUCAUAUCUGAAGGAAAUGACCAAAACCUGUGUAUUUUGCUUUAUAUAUUUAAAAAGAAACUCUUUUAGGACAAUAUUUUAGUAGUAACGCAUACAGAAGUCUAGUGCAUUUUGUAGUAGUUGUAAAUUAUUUGUAUACAACUACAAUUUGUAUUUGCAAAUGUAAAUUUACCAAAAAGAAACUUUUUGGCAAUACUUAAAUAUGCUAACAGUACUUGAUGGAUCUGAAUUUCAGGCACUCUUUUAUAGUGUGUGUGUGUGUGUGUGUGUGUGGUUAAAGAUUAGAGAUACUAUGUGAUUUCUUACGUACAUUUGUUCAAACAUUAAUACAGAUUUCCUUUGCUGAAAUGUCCGAACUUUGCAUUGUAUUUUUCUAUAAAUAAUUUUUGCAAGUACAAAUCAAAUAGAGGAAGAAGCAGAGCAUUGGGGCCUCUCUUUAUACUCAACAUUCAAUAUAAAACACACUGUGGAAUGAUGGAUAAUUAUUAUUUUAUUCUUCUGAUUUGGUAAAUCAAAUCUUUGAAAAGAUCGAUCAAGCUACUUUCUCCAACCUGAUAUGACAUAGAAUUCAACAUUUGCCACAUAUUUAGGAGAUGCCAAGGUGGUCUAAUUUCUGGUAUAAUCUUUUGUUUUAUCUCUCUUUUUAUAGUAACAAGAAUUCUACCAUUAAUCAUUUGCAGAUGAGGAGUACAUUGUGCGCAGAACCCAUGGUUGUAUGUAAUUUAUAAUAAACAUAUUUAGCCUAAAGCCCCGUACCCCAUUUAUUAAAACCUCUUUGAGACAAUUGCCAACUAAGUGUACGUUCAGUAAGAGUCUGUUAAUUCAGACUAUUAAUUCUAAGUUAAAUUUGGAAAAUUAGGGUUCAAACUGAAUAAAUUAAAAAUAGUCAUACAUUAUGUAAUUUAAGUUAUAGCAAGUUCCUGCACAUUAUUCUGAAAUUGUUCAGAAUAAUAAUCCAUUUUUUUCUAAUUGCUUCCCUGUCAAAUGAGAAAAAGUUAUGGCGAGAAAUGUACAAAUAGAUUUGCUUAUCUUCUUAUUUGCAUCAUAAUGUUCAUAUGAACCCUUUUGAAUAUAACAAGUGCACUUUGGAACUGUAAAUGCAUUUGGGGUCAUUAGUUAAUUGUGGUUACAAAAUUAUUACUAAUUAUUACUGUAGUUGAAUUAGGACUUUGGAUUGUCAAGAGCAAAAACUGAAAGAACAAUUUUGUUAGUUCAGUUGAUCAUAGAUACUCUUAAAACAUGUAGGGUGAGAUAUAUUCCUAAUUAAUCGAAUUAUAAUAUUAAAGGUCCACUGUGAAAAUUAUGUAUUCCUUCUUUAGAAGUCUUAGGUAAUAGAAGACAGCCAAAUUCAGCAAAUAAACUGGGACAAAUGUAUAUUAUACUGUAAAGAAAUUAAAACUUGUAAUUUCCUGAGGUUUAGUUUGAUUUUUAAUGGAAUGGCAUUAGUUUAUAAUGUGUUUUCUCUGUGGGAUAAAACAAGCAGCUAGAUGAUAUGCUUAAGAUUUCAUUUGACCUUAAGAGAUUUUGGUAGAAAUGUUUUAAAAAUUCAAUUAUAAAACUGUAAUCCAGAUUAUAUUGGUAAAAUAAACGCUAUAUAAUA